CAAUCGAACGCCGUAAAACAUGAGAGCACCGGCUUGCCAAAUGGCCCACGAACUGCUUUGGCCGACCAUGAGUGCCUUGUAAAUCAAAAAGGACGUCAAUGCGGUGGCCAUUCCGUAGGCGUAUGACACGCCAUAUUCGCUCUUCCAGAAUCCCAGACAGGUGGGGAGGAAACAGGAUAAGAAAAUCUUUUGAGACAGAGGAAGGGCACACAGAGAGGCGGGGAGAGCUUGCAUGCGGGUAGUAGUACUAGAAUCUUGUGCGCUUCGUUGCAAGGAAGUAGAUUUGGGGAGUCCAUGGUCGAUUGGUUUUCGUUGGACUUCAAGAAUGCCCGGAACUCCUGGAACUCGGGCGAUGGGACGCUGAGAUACAAACGCUGCCGAUUGCUGAGCUCCCAGCAAAACCAGAGACAGAAUCAAACGUUGGGCAAGGCACUUCCUCAUUGUCAUCGUCAUGCACAAGGAUACUGGCUACCUACUGGUAGUAGAAGCACAAGAUCAAAAGUAGUGUGGCACCCAUGAGAGGACGACGACGACACCAGCCUUGACGGAGGUGUCAAAGGAGAGACUGAAGAUCUUUGAACAUCAUUUACCAAUAGAUGAGAAAGAUAUUUUGUACGGCACAUCCGGGUUAGAUGACAGGGUUCCGCGAAAUACCAAAGACACAAGGACUCAAAAUGACCACCACCCAUCGCUGUUUGGACAGCAAACUCAGCUGGUUUCUUCCUCACAGUCAGUUGGACUAGUACAUUGUCAUGUCGGGUUCAGGUAAUAAAAGGCAGCUCACGGGGUCGAUUAGGAACAUUUAUGGCAGAGACCAAGAGAUCCAGAUUUUAUCACAAGGCCUGGAUCAGAUUGGGACGACGGUUCCGUUGAUUUUUGUGGGAGGCAAGAGCGGCACGGGGAAAUCGGCUCUCAUAGAACACGUCUUAAAAUCAUCCAAAGGUCAAGCAUGGCUCAUUGGAACAUGUAAAUUCGAACAAGCACCCAAUCCCAAUCCGCAUGGCGUUUUGUUGACAGCUCUUGGCAAGAUUAUUAGGGAUAUUCUACAGCUACAUCCCGGUUCCAGGGGGUUGUACAGGAAGAAACUGGUGGACGCAUUUCAAGCGGGCGAACUCAGUCACCUUACCGAACUCCUGCCGGAGCUCGGAGAGUUGCUGGAAACCAAAAACAAGAAAACUUCCAUCAAGAGUUUGUUGAAACAGGGAGGGAGGGCAUUUUCCAUACGAAAGCUAAAACAAAACAGUUAUCAUUCUCGGGGAGACCUUGAGCGCUUCAAGUUUUCCAUGCGGCUCCUCUUACGAACACUGGCCAGUGUGGACAAGACUGUGAUUUUAUCUUGUGACGAUCUGCAUUGGAUUGACAAGACCAGUCUUGAUGUAUUGCAAGCAAUCUUGCUGGACAAUGAACUGAGAAACCUGGCAUUUAUUGGAUCGUUUCGAGACGACGAAGUUGAUGGUACCGAGAAUACUCAUGGCCUCUCCAACUUCCUGGAGGCCGUCAAGUCAAGCUCGCGGGCAGCAGGUUGCCGACAUAUCUCUGUCAACAGCCUCCCUGUGACAGAUGUACAGUCAUUGCUUGAGGCUGUUUUAAAGACAGCGGAUGGAAUUGAAGCGUUGACAGAGUUUGUGUACCAAAGAACUGGUGGAAACGUGUUUUACAUCAAGCAGCUACUUGAUAGCUUGGAAGCGAGAAAGCUCAUGCAAUACACCUACUCUUCCACUUUGUCAAUGCUGCAAUGGACUUGGAACAUUGAAUCUCUCAAGAGCAAGACUACGGUCUCGCAAGAUGUUGCGGAAAUUAUCAAGGCAAACAUCGACUUGCUUUCUGACAAUCAGCGUCUCAUAUUGGCACGGUGUGCUUGCCUUGGCUUUCGAUUUCAUCAGAGGUAUCUUGAAAUCUUUGAACAAAACAAUGGAAACGAAGAAGAAAAGCAAAUUGAAACGAGUAUCCAAGACUACACCGAAGAUGUCAACGUCUUAAUAGAGGCAGGAAUGCUGGAAGAAGUUGACGAAAUGCUGAAAUUCAGCCAUGAUAGUAUAUUAGAAGCUGCUUUACUCCUCAUUGCAAAUGAUGCUGAACGAAGCCAACUUCAUUUCCAGAUUGGCCAUGAACUCUACAACCGACACUUUGCCCCUGGAGUGGAUGCCAGCAUGAAGGAACAAGAGCAUACAGACCAAAUUCUUUUCCUGUGUGUAGACCAGUUGAAUUCUGGCAUUGACGCCAUUUGUCUGUGUGAUGAAAGGGGCAUCCAGUUAAGCCUGGCAGAGCUCAACUUCCAAGCUGCCAAGAAAGCAGCUGAAUUCUCCUCGUUUGAUCAUGCUAUGGUCUAUGCCAAAAAUGGUAUUGAGUUGCUGGAGAAGGAAAGCUGUUGGAAGGAGAACUAUGAUCUGGCCCUGGGAAUGCACACAAUAUUUGUUCAAAUGAGCUUCUGCACAGGGUCCAAUGACAUGUUAGAACAAAUGGUGGGGGUGAUCACGAGCAACUCAAAGAAUGUUGUCGAUUCAACCAAAGCCUGGCUUGUGCUUAUUGAGUACCUUGGAUUUGGCAACAGAUUUGAGGAGAUGCUCCAAACCAUUCUUCAUGUGUUUGAACUUGCAGGUGAGGAACUUGCUCCAGACCCUACUAUGGAGUAUGCCAGGACAAAGUUUGAACAGACAGCUGCAAAACUCAACAAGCUCACAGAUGACGACAUCCUAAAUCUACCCACGAGCGAUGAUCCCCUUAAGGAAUUCUGCAUUCGUGUCCUUGGGUCAGCACAUUCUCCUGUGAAUCAUCUGAAAGGCCCGAGGGCACAAAUAACUUAUGCAUGCAAGAUGGUUGAUUUGACAUUGGAGCAUGGACUUGGGAGAUCUUCUGCAGAUGCCUUUUCAGUCUUUUCUUCGUCCAUCCUGUCAGAAUUCUACGAGACCCGCUUAGCAGCUCGUGCAGGUGCCUUGACGUUGAAGCUGACUGAAAAACUCCACCUGACUGAGAGGGCUGCAAGCGCAAGAGUGUGUGCUGCCAAUCAGUUUACUUGGCACAAACCCCUGUCUCUUUCCCUUGAUUACCUCAUGGAGACCUACCAAAUGGGGCUUCGAAGUGGUGAGGUGGGAGCUGCAUGCUUGUCAAUUGUGGCCUAUGGAUUCUCGUUCUAUUAUUGCGGCUUGAAUCUGAUGCCGCUGGCCAAGGACUUGGGUCAGUUCAUUGUCAAGAUGCAUUACUAUGGCCAGACUUCAACCUUGCUGUUUGCGCUGAGCAACUACCAGUGUGUGUUGAACUUGACUGGCCAGUCUGAUUCUGUACUUGACAUUGGUGGUGGUGAAUCACAGAAAUGGAGAAAAAUUGCAAAUUGGAAUGGAAAAACCGGUGGGCAGUCAGACCUUUCGUAUUUGCUACAAAUUGCCAUCUUCUGCAGAAACAAGAAAAUUGCAGUGGAGACCAAGGAAAAACUUCUAGUCAGUGACAAGGUCAACUCAUCAGCUGUGGUCAAUGGUGCCUACUACUUUGGACUUGCAAGGGCUUUCUACAUGGGAAUUGUGUCGUAUUGGCAAUACCACACAUGCUCCAAGUUGAACUUGGCCCGAAGGCAAAAACUGCUAGGCGAGGCAAAGAAGUUUCAUGAUAUGGUGAGGUCAUGGGUUGUGGAGCACGGCAGCAUCAAUCUGCCCCAAAAACUGUUCAUCCUGGAAGCUGAACAACUCAGAGCGCAGGGAGUGAAAGGUGCCGAUUUGAAAGCUGCAUAUGAGAAGGCCAUUGUAGCCUCAACAAAAUCAGGCUUCACCCAAGAUGCAGCAUUGGCAGCCCACUUAGCAAGCGAGGCCAUACCAAAGGAAAGGGAAAACUUUUUGCAGCAGGCUCGAAGCUCAUACCUCCGCUGGGGUGCUACAGGCGUGGUUCAGUACAUUGACAGGGAUCUGGUUGUGGAAGAUCAGUCUUCUGGGGAGAUGGAGGAGUCAUCUUUUCGUGCCAGACGGCGUUUCAGUGAAGCCAUGUUAAGGGAAGAGGCGGCCAUACCGCUGCAAACGAAUCCAGAGAAACUACACAUUGCCAACCGAGACAACAGAAACUCCAUAUCUUAGGUUUUUGCAAGUCGGAUCCUG